GCCAAGGUCUACCUUUGGACAUUACUACUCAUUCAAGCAACGUUUUCUCUUCAAGCAGUCAUGGCUUCAAUGGCAACAGUUCAAGCUGCGUCGUCGGUAGCACCGAUCGCCGCCUCAACACCGAAGAAGACGAAAACUCCGACCACCACCAAGGCGGCCGUCGCAGCUCCAGCUCAUCCGUCGACCGCCGUAAUGGUCCUUGCGGCCAUUAAGGAGUUGAAGGAGAAAAAAGGUUCGUCGCUGCCGGCCAUCAAGAAAUACAUGUCCACCAACUACAAAGUGGACUCCACCAAGUUGGCCCCGUUCAUACGCAAAUUUCUAAAAGCCGCCGUCGUCAAGGGUUCGUUGCUGCAGACCAACGGCACCGGCGCUAUGGGACACUUCAAACUUCCCGUCGACGUAAAGAAGAAACCGGCAAUCGUCAAGAAGCCAAGCUCUGCUAAGAAACCAGCCGCCAAGUCCUCCAGCGCAACUCCGAAGAAGAGGAAAGUGGCCGCGAAAAAAGCGCCAGCUGCCGCCGAGCCUGUUGCCAAGAAGCCGAAAGUGGCGACAACCGCCGCCAAGCCUAAGAAGUCAUUAGUCAAGGCGAAAAAAGUCGUCGUAGCAGUAAAACCGCCAAAAGCAAAAAAAGCAGCAGCAACCGCCGUGAAAAAAACUAAGAUCCCCAAGAAGAAGUAAACGUAACGAAUGAACGCAAGUAAUAAACACAACCUAAAUGAUAGAUUAACGCUCGUACCCUUAAAAUGGUCCUUUUCA